AUGUCGGCCCUCUCACCCUUCACGUCUUUGCCUCUGUCAACCGUGACGCCACUUGCCACCAAUAUUGCCAUCAUACCCGAAGUGUUGACGACGAUUCACGUUCCGCCGACUAUAGAAGUCGCACAGAAUGGCUGGUCUUCUUUACCAUUGGACCCAAGUCAGCUAUGGGAUGGCAAACCAUUCAAAAACAUCCCUGGACCCAUUCUCGUGGAUGAUAUAAAGUUUCCCGAGGACAUCAUUGCUAUUGAGGUUCAAAAGUAUGCAAAGGCCAUGUUACCUAUCCAAACUUUUAAUCACUCUAUGAGGGUGUUUUAUUUUGCAUCUGCUAUUGUCAAGCAGCAGUUUCCAAAGGAAUCGGAGACUUUCAACUUUUCAACUCUUGCUUUGGCCUCUCUUUUGCACGACAUUGGUACAACUAAUGACAAUCUAGUCAGCACUCACAUGUCGUUUGAGUUUUAUGGCGGUUAUAAAGCGCUUAGUCUCCUCUUAGCACUUGGCGCACCAAAGGACCAGGCUGAGGCAGUCGCUGAGACAAUCAUCCGGCACCAGGACCUUGGCACUGCGGGCAAUAUUACUCUCUUGGGCCAAGUUAUACAGUUGGCUACAAUUUACGACAACGUCAGCGACCACCCGUACCUAAAGAAUAUCACGGAGCUUAUCCAUGUCGACACUCUCAAAGACGUUGUUCGAGCAUUCCCCCGCCAACAUUGGCUUGGAUGCUUUGCGGGGACGAUUGAGCGCGAAGAAUCGCUUAAGCCAUGGUGUCACAGCACUCAUAUCCCCGAUUUCGCUCAGGCAGUCCUCAACAACACCUUUAUGCAGCCAUAUGAGUGA